UGGUGGGGAAAAUCAUGGAGCAUUCGACCCGAGAACCGGCGCGAAAGCUUAACGGCGAAAACUUCGUAGUGAAGGUAAUUUCGCCGGCAAUCUGCGGAGAAACCUGCCCAAUUUGUCUCCGAGAAUUGGAGGAUCGUACCGCCGCCGUGCUUACAACGUGUAUCCACGCCUAUUGCAUAGGGUGUAUUCGAAAAUGGAGCAAUUUGAAGCGAACCUGCCCUCUCUGUAACGCUCAAUUCGAUUCAUGGUUCUGCACAAUCAAGCUCUCAUCGCGAAGCUUCCGGAAAGAAAGAUUGCCAAACUUGAAUUGUGCCGACAAUCUCAAGAUUGGAAUCGGAUCAUCCCGUACCGACGCUCGCAGGAUUCUUCAGAGCACAAGGAAUGAAUUGAGCAGAGAUAGACGGUCGGAAAGACCACUGACAUGGCGGCGUUCAUUUGGCCGGCGAGGGCCGGAAUCUGUACCUACUGAUGUUAUUGCCUGGCGAAAACUUCAAUGGCGAGAAAGCAUAUACGACCGACGUAUACAAGCUGUCCCAUCUUCGGUCAGAUCAUGUUUAGUAAUGAACUUAACAGUAAGUCAUGGAGUCAAAGAAGCAAUACUAGAAAGGAUUAAACCAUGGAUACAAAGAGAGUUGGAGGCCAUCCUUGGGGACCCAGAUCCAACUAUAAUUGUUCAUCUGGUUACCUCACUAUUUGUGGCAAGACUUGAAGCUCCUUCCUCACAGCUUAAUGCUGAAAAUGACUUCCUUUCGCCUUUGCGGCCGUUCCUCUAUGAAAAAACUGAUUUGUUUUGGCAUGAAUUAAGAUGUUUUGCAGGAAGUUCAUUACGCAUGGAAGAGUAUGAUUCUGUGGUUGAAUAUAGAACCAUGGAUUCGUUGUAGCGAAGAUUCUGUUUGAAGAGCAAGGUACCAGAAUCGUGGCAUGGGUGCAAUUUCUUAUUCUUACGUUAUCCUGUAUGAAAGAACUAAGAUAUCUUCUGCUGCCGAAGAUUAUAAACACGAUCUGCAGUUCGGGUGUGUUAGUUUGGUGCAUCUUUUCCCACACGUCGCUUACAUUGAUUUCUCAAUGAUUUCCAUUCGACCUGCAAAUCAUUUGGGAGAAGACUGUUUGAGGAUACAUUUUAUAAUGAUCUUCUCUCUGGUUGUGGGAUGGUCUCCCCAACAACGAAUGGAUUGGGGUCGUUGCUCGAUCGGGGUCGUUUUUCUAGCCUGACCUGGAAGAAAGACACUUGGAAACAGAGAUUAUGUAGCCUGCACGCCACCACAUAGGCUCUGAAGAUAGUAUUGUGUUUUUAGUAUUCAUACGUUUUAUUUCUUUUGCACCCAAAUCGUCCCGUUAAAUAGUGUCUGUAAUUGACUCGUUGCUGAUUGAGCCUUCCCCGUCCUUACUUCACCCCGUGGACAGCUCCAAGUGUAAUGGACUUGAUGCUUGAUUACUUUAUAUUAGUACUUCCAUUGCUUUGUGGCUCA